UUCUGAGCUAAUAGAGCCUCGCAGCGCAUUAUCAUCGCCGUCAUCUCCCGUCUGGGCGGUCGGUGCUGCGCCGUGCCGUAAAGAAAACGACCAGGAAGGAGGAAGGUGCAAGCGGAUACCUUCAGCCGCCGAGUCUAAUUGGGGUGUUCCGUGUCCCCCGUUGAGUGGCCGACGACUAUAGCACGCGAGGUGGGGAGAGUGGGGGCGAGAUCCGCGCAGAGAUCCGCGAGCAGGACUGUUUGGAGCUGAAGGAAUUCUAAACAGGAACAGCGGGGACGCGCGGCGAGUGAAAGUUGCGUUAGAGGGGGAAACAAAGUGGGUCUCUUUCUCAUUGUUUUCUGGAGACAUCGCUGUGCCUGAGAUUGACUCCGUGAUGGAAUGACACUUGGAGAGAGAGAGAGAGAGAGAGGAUGAUGAUGGACACUUUGGCACCGGAGCCCCUGCUCAGAAGUCCCCCCCGUUUACGCCCGGCGCGGUGCUGACCGAGCCCUCUGGACGGCCAUCACUCAUUUGUUUGGGAGUGGCAGGAAAAUCCUCCUCUUGAUCGUUUUUUUUUUCUUCUUCUUUUUUUCUUCUUCUCCUUCUCCCGCUCCGGUCGCCAGACAGCAGCGAGAGAUGGUGCGCACAGCGAUUCCUCAGAGAAUCACCGACGUGCGCACUCAUCACAUUCCUGUUAAGGAACGCGUCUUAAAGAGCUUCUUUCUCCUAUUCGCGUUCAUUCUGCUGCUCUGAACUUGUUGAGCGGCGUUAUACAGCGAAGGCAAAGGCAAAGGGAAGUACCUCUCCCAGGAAAUCGCCAGAUCGCCGUGCAGGAAGAGGACCAUGAUUGACAGCCGGGCGAGCUGAGGAGACCUGUCACUCAUCGUCCUAUCAGCGUGUCAGAGGGCUAUCUCCUCCCCCCCCCCCACACCCCACUUCCUCCUCCUCCACCACCACCUCCUUCCUCCCUCGAAUCUCUCCCCUCUUAUCUCCUCAACGGGCCGGUUACCUGGCCAUCCUGCGUAGUCACCCACCACUUCCACUUACCUAAAAAAAAAAGGGACAGAAAUAGUAACAACUUCUCAAACCGACUCUCACUCCACUUGGGGGGAGUUUGGCAUGCCUCCUCACUCCACGUUGAGUGAGCCGGAAUAAGCGGAAGCGGAGAGAGGGAUCCCUCGUUAUUAAUCCCCUCAGAAGGAGACAUCGCGCCACCCCCCCCCCCCCCCCCUCACCCUCGAGAGAGAGGACCAGUCAUGCGUUUCCACUUGGCGCUGACGCUGCAGGCGCUGUGGGCCGGUGUUUGCCAGGCGGCCAUGCAGCACUACCCGGCGGCGUGGGGCCACUACGAUGUGUGCAAGUCCCAGGUUUACUCGGACGAAGGCUUAACCUGGGACUACAUGGCCUGCCAGCCGGAGGCAGCAGACAUGACCCAGUACCUGAAGGUUACUCUGGAUCCCCCCAACAUCACCUGUGGAGACCCUCCGGAGACCUACUGUGCCCUGGAGAACCCCUACAUGUGUAACAAUGAGUGCGACGCGACUACGGAUGAACUCGCCCAUCCUCCAGAGCUCAUGUUUGACACCGAGGGCCGCAACCCCACAACCUUCUGGCAGUCCACGUCAUGGAAGAAGUACCCGAAGGCCCUCCUGGUCAACAUCACGCUUUCUUGGAACAAAACCAUCGAGCUGACCGACGACAUCGUGCUCACCUUCGAGUCAGGCCGGCCCGAGCAGAUGGUGCUGGAGAAGUCGCUGGAUUAUGGACGAAGUUGGCAGCCCUACCAGUUCUACGCCACUGACUGCCUAGACGCCUUCACCAUGGAGCCCAAGACCGUGCAGGACCUGACCCAGCACACCCUGCUGGACAUCAUCUGCACCGAGGACUACUCACGAGGCUACGUGUGGAAGAACGACAAAACGGUGCGCUUUGAGAUCAAGGACCGCUUCGCGCUGUUCGCCGGGCCGCGGCUCCACAACAUGGCUUCGCUUUACGGCCAACUGGACACCACCAAGAACCUGCGGGACUUCUUCACCAUCACAGACCUGAGGAUCCGUCUGCUCCGGCCCGCCACGGGAGCGACGAUGGUGGACGAGAACAACCUGUCCAGAUACUUCUACGCCAUUUCUGACAUCAAAGUCCAGGGCAGGUGCAAGUGCAACCUUCACGCCAACAGCUGCGUGUAUGACAAAGAGAAGUUGAGCUGCGAGUGUGAACACAACACCACCGGGCCCGACUGUGGCCGCUGUAAGAAGAGCUACCAGGGGCGAGCGUGGAGUGCUGGCUCCUACCUGCCCAUCCCCAAAGGCACAGCUAAUACCUGUAUCCCUAGUAACAUUGGUCCAGUUAACUGCGAAUGCUUCGGCCACUCCAACCGGUGCAGCUACAUCGAGCUGCUAAACACCGUCAUUUGCGUGAGCUGUAAGCACAACACUAGGGGCCAGCACUGCCAGCUGUGCAAGCUGGGCUACUACCGCAAUGCCUCUGCAGAACUGGACGAUGAAAAUGUUUGCAUAGAGUGUAAUUGUAAUCCCUUUGGCUCAGUCAGUGAUCGCUGUAAUGGCACAGGAUUUUGUAUAUGUAAGGAGGGCACUACAGGGCCUAAGUGUCAGCAGUGUCUACCCGGCUAUUUGUGGGACGAUGGCUGCAAAUCCCGCGUUUGUGACAACGAGCUCCUGCGCUGCCAAAAUGGCGGGGUGUGCGUCAACAACGUCCGCUGCAGCUGCACCUCAGACUACUCGGGUCUGCUGUGUGAGAACCACCGCUGCGAGUCAGAGCUGGGUGGCUGCGGGGGUCCCGACUCGGGCCAGGCCCCCCUGACGCCCCCGUCCCUCCCCGGGCUGCUGCUGCUGCUGCUGCUGGGCCCGGCGCUGCUGAGAGACGCCUCCUGCUGGCCUGCGCUGCUCUGAAGGGGCCCACCUCACCUGGCGGGAGCGGUCGAGUCCCCCGCCAACUCCCCUUUACCCUCCCCGGCCCUCCCCCGUACACGAUCCCCUCCCCUCCCCCCUUUCCCUUCUUCGAAUAAUCAACCAUCAAACAGGAACGGCCGUGAGCUGCGCGGACUGCACUGUUCUGAGCUUCCCCGCCCGCCCAGACUCAAUGGACACUCGCGCUGACGAUGAAGGGAAUGUGCCAGACGAAUGAGUGCAAAAACUUUUAUUAUUUCAUUUCAAAGAAUAUAUCAAAAUAAAAAUAAAAACAUAUACUUCUAAAAAAAAUGCCAGAUAUUAUUAAGGAAAAAAAGAGCGUUUGCCUAAAUAGAGUGCAAUGUGCAAAGAACGAUGAGGCCCACCCUCCCCUUCUAAGCCAUAGCAGGUACUUGAGCUCCUUCCACCUUGAGAAGAUGACGAACUUGUUCGCUACGUCCCUCUUAUUGCCACGGCAACAGCAGCAGCGACCAAUCAGCUCUCCAACGAGCCGGCGGCGGCGGCCUCCGAUCCCCCGCGGGAUGCUUUCGGCGAGUUAAUGUUGGCUGGACUGACGCUGAGGAGAUCUCAGAGAAGCUGCCCGCGCUGAAUGCCUGACCGGUUGGCCCCUGAAGCACGAGCGUGACGCUUCGACUAAAAGAGGAGGAAACACACACAGAGCAUUCUUUGCUGUCAGUGCAUUGUGGAUAGAAGGAAAUCCGUCCCGACCGCCCCUUUGUGACACAAAAAAACCCCCUUUGCCCACGUUGAUCCCUCUCUAGCUUUCUGUCCCGCCUCCCCUGAGCUCUGUCUCAUCCUCCCUCCUGUUCACCCCCCCCCCCCUCCCUCUCCCGCCUCCAGUCCCAAAGCCCUCGCCUCCCUCGCCAUGCUGCCACAGACCCGUGCUUUCGUGAACGUUACUCUGUAAACCCUUGUUGGUUGAAAGAUUCUUUUGUCCGAUGUUAGUGAUGCACAUGUGUAAGAAGCCCCCCCCCCCUCCAUUCCUCCUCCCUCCUCUCCUCUCUUGCAAAAAGAUUCUCCAAUAAAGCUGUCUGAUUCUUUUUCUAUCUUAGAGCCACCACGCUCCCUGCGGCUACGGUCCGAGGAUAGUUUUCACCUGAGCAGACGAGAAGUGCAUAGAAAAAUAUCGGUGUAUUUGCAAGUUCUUUUCUCGACAGAGCAAACAAAAAAAAGAGUCAUGUAGUCCUUUUGUAUCUUUGCCGAACUGUGAUUGAAAAAAAGGCAACCUUUAUUGUAUCUAUUUAAAACAUCCAAACGCAGAUGGUUUCCCAUUGAGUUAUAUUUCUUUCUUUCACUUAUUUUAUUUGUUAUUAUUACUUUUAGUUGUGCAGUUGAUUUUCCUUUGUAUUGGCAACGUGCUGGCAUCAAAGAAUAUCAGUUUACAUAUACAGUAUUAAUAAAGUGUAAUAAAAUCCCACCAAAGGACAUUAUAAAUGUUUUUGUUCUUGCUUUAACACUUGAGAACUGAAGUGAAUAAAAGUUAAAAAAUGG